AUGAAAGGUGAUAUUGUUCAAAUUUUAACUAGUAUUAAUGUUGGUGGUGUUUCACAAGAGGUUAUUGUCGACACUGGUUCUGUAUUAUUAGUUGUGCCAUCUACACUUUGUAACUCGUGUCAGCAACCAUUGCCACACUAUCAUCCAUCAUCAAAAAUUGAAUAUAUGGGUUGCGACUCUGGCGAGUGUAAAGAGAUGGGUAAUUCCUGUAUAGAAUUUAAAUCAAACGGAAUUAAAGUAUGCGGAAAUCAGGUUCGUUAUCUUCAAAAUACAGAAAUCAUUACAAUUCUAGUUCAAGAUACCUUUAGUUUUACAAAUGAUACAGGUGACGUUUUAGCUACAUUUGGCUCAAUCGUUUCAAAUAAAGGUCGUUCAUUAGAACAUGGUAUUAUUGGGUUAGGUAAAACUUGCGAUGGUUGUAGAAAAUCUCCAAUUGAAACUAUUUUUGAAAAAACAAACAUUUCAAGAAUUUUUUCAAUGUGGUUAGAUGCUAAUUAUCAAGGAACUUUGCUUUUGGGUGAUAUUGAUCCACAGUUUUCAAAUUCUAUUACUUAUACACCAAUGUUAACAAUUGAAGAGUCUCAUUAUGGGGUUUUGUUAAGCAAUGCCGGAAUUUAUGAUAAAAUUACAGAAACUAAAAUGAUACUAACCUCAAAAGAUUUUGGUGAGGUAAUUAUUGACUCGGGUACAUCUGAAGCAUUAAUAGAUACAAGAGCAUAUUAUAAAAUUAAAAACUUCCUUCAAAAAGAUUGUAAACCAGGUUUAUGUGGUCAAAAUAGUUUGCUUGAAGGUUAUUGUUAUAACUAUCCAACCAAUUAUUUUAAUAUAUUCCCAACUAUCCAUAUAGAAAUGCUAGGUGGAGCAACAAUGGAAGUAGAACCAAAAAGUUAUAUUACCUCAUCAUAUAUUAAUGGAAUUAGAUAUCGUUGCUUUGGUAUUAAACCAUCUCCAUUAAAAGGAAAAUCAAUUAUCGGGUUAUCUUGGUUAAGAGAUAAUUAUAUAGUAUUUGAUACAGAACAUAAUAGAAUGGGAUUUGCCAAAAAGCUAGUUGACCAAUUUAACUCAUCAAGUGACUCGUUUGAUUUUAGCGAAUUUACAAGAGAACAGCAAAAUAACAAUGAUGGUGAUGAUGAUGAAGAUGACAUUGAAUUCUCCUCAAGUUAUGAAGGUGGUGACGACUCUAAAGAGUUAAAGCCAAGAUUCAACGACAAGAAAUAUGUAGUUAAAAUAAGUGACAAUGAUUUAUUAGUUGAAGAAUUACAAUCACAGCUUGAUGAUUAUAAUAGAAUGUUAAUUAAUGACAAUCUUUCAAUGAAGCAAGCAAAGCAAAUUUUAAAUUCAAGAAAGAAAAUAAUUAAAAAACUUAGUGAAUUAAAAUCAAAUCAAGAAAAUAAUGAAGAGGAAAUUCAACAACAGAAAGAAACCUAUCAAUAUGAAGAACAACUAGAUCAAAUUAGCAAUAAUAACCAUAUUAUAAAUAACAAUAUCAACAAUAAUAAUAAAAAUAGUAAUAAUAAACAUAAAAGACUUGAAUUUCAAGAGCCAAAACAAAGAAAAUUAAGAGAAUGGUUUAAUAAAAAAGAAGGUAAAAUCUAUUCAACAAUUUAUAAACCAAAAUACUCCAAUGAAUUAUUAGAAGAUAAAAAAAAUAAUAACUAUAACAACAUUGACAAUAAUAAACAAAAUCAAUGCUUAGUUUUAGAUAAUGAAAAAAUAUUUAAUAACGGAAAUAAAACUUCAGAAUUAUUAUCAAAAAGGCCAAACCAAAAUGAUACAAGAUCUCACCCAAUUGUAUUAAAGUAUGACCCAGAGACAAAAAGAAAAAGUAACAUUCCGGUUAAUUACAGUAAUGUCGGUUUAAAAAGUAAUAAAAAAAAUUUGAAAUAUAAGCUACCAAGAAAUAUAGUCCCAUAUUACAAAAAUACCAACAACACCUUACUCAGUAGAGUAACAAAAAAAUCAAAUGAAGGUUAUUCAAUUCAGUCAGAAAAUGUUUGCAUUUUUGAUUUCAUACAAAAAAAAGAAUUUGAAUGGAUAGAUAAUAAUGGUAAAUCAUAUAUACUAUGGGAGUCAACCAUCGUAAAUCAUUCACAAACAAGCAUCAAUAAAUUUAUUCUCUCAACAAUGGAUAAUGUUCAAUAUACAAUUGGUAUGACCCGUAGCGUUUUAGACCAAACCACAACAAUUAUUAGUUUACCCAGUAAUCAAACUAUUCCACCCAAUUCUUCUUAUCGUUGGAUUUAUACCUCAAAUUUAAAAAAUUCUUUAAGCUUUUCAGUAGAAUGCGGAUUACAAUAA